GUCUGCUGCUUCAUGGCUUUCACCUGAGUGCUUCAACUACGAAUAAGACUGGAGUACAAGUAGAUGAAAUGUGACGAGAAAUAUAUAGUCAAUAUUCAAAUGUGAAAUUCCCCUUCUCAAUUUAGUUGACAUUUGAACUUUCAACCGGAUUUAAAAAGACACGUUCGAACGAAUAGAAAUAGUUUGUUUCAGCAAUGGAUAUCUUGUUCUGGAGGCCGUCGAAACGGCGGAGAAGAAACUUUUGGGACGACUCUGAGAGUGAUGAUUACUUAGACUUUCUUGAUGGGACUGAUAGCUAUGUAGAUGACAUGGAUCAAGACAGUGAAUUGUCUAGACCCAGAAGUCCUGGGUCACGGAUGUCCACACCAGAAUUACAGCUAUCAUCAACACAUCCACAGGAAGUGACUUCACUUGUGGAUUUUGCAGCAAAAAUAGUAGCUAAACAUGUAUCUUGUGAAGAAAUAGAAAGCCAUGAUCCACCUCUUGAUGAGUCAAUGUUAAAAAAGAUUGCAUUUUGGGCCUUUCCUCAAGAUGAAAGUCAUGUAAAAGUUUUUUCACAGCUGACCUUGAGAACACCUUAUGAAUGGAAUGCAGGAGAAAGAAAGGCAACAGAAGGGAAAAUAAAGAAAAUGCGCCAAGUUGGCUUCAUGGUUGCUGCUUUUGUUGAAACCAGAGAUAAUACAGAAGCCAAAGUGUCACUCACUUUUGAAAAGCAGCAUUUGACAUCGACAUCAUGCUCAGCUUGCUCAGAGUCAGUUUUCUGUCAACAUACUAUAGCUGUUAUUUUAGAGAGAAUAAAGAAUGCAGAUAAGGUUCCAAUACAUGCUCCAGUGACAGAGACCCUUUCCACAUUGACUAGAGAUCAGUUACAAAAACUCUUACAAUAUGCUAUAAAUGAAGACCCUGGUGGUGUUUUAGGAAGAGUUUUUCAAUAUAUUGAUGAAAUCAGAGACAUCCAUUCUGAGUAUAAUACACUACAGGGAGCACCUGAUCCAACUUUUGGAUUGCUACCAGAUGAGCAGUCAACAUGGGAUAUAUCAUUGGAGAAACUCAAGAAGAAACUUGCAUCUGAUCUGUCCGAUAGAUACAACUCGUACAAGGACACAUGUGACCUAUUUCUGAAGGCCAAAACAGGUUUUCAUGAUUGGUACUUUCGUAGAAUCAGUGAUCUUAUUAGAAAAAAUGAAGUGGAGGCAGCAGGCCAAAUUCUUAUUGCUAUAGCUGAGACAGUAUUGACAGAUGCAUCUAGCGUUUAUAGAUGGGAGAGUUCCACUAAACGGGUAUUCCUUGACAUAGAAAGAAUGUUUAGUUGUUUUAUUGCUUCUUUUACUGGAAAAGUUAGACAGGAUAUGAUAGCUGCAUCACUGAAAAUCAACAAGAGAAUAAAAGAGGCCCAGUCUACUCCAUCAUUUUUAGAACCAAAGAAAUGGUCAGAAAUGAUAUCUAUCAAAUUAAGGAAAAUUGGUGAGAGUAAUCAGGCAGCAGUUGAUGUUAUGGAUGGACAAGAAAAUCUACCAUUUUAUGAGCCAUUAGUAGCAAGCCAGUUACCAGAAACUCCUGAAGUUUUACAAAAACUAUACAACAAAGAACAAUCUAGUUCAGAAGUAAUGUAUGAUGAACCGUUGGAUGUGAUGCUGUUUAGAUUUGAUUGUAUUGUACAAUAUCACCAGUGGACAGAUGACUCCAGUUGUAGAUAUAAAAUGUGUGUAUUAGGGUCCUUCAUCCUGAAAAAGUUGACAUUGUUGUCAGAAAAUUAUUCAAUCCUUAGAUUUGAUGAAAAAAGAUUAAAAGUUAUAGAAGAAAUGAAAAUCAAGGAGCCUGAAGAUGAAACUGCAGAUGUAGAUAAUGAAGCAUUUGAGCCAACUCCACCAAAGAGAGCAAAAAGGAGAGAAACAAACAAGAAAAGAAAGCCUAAAGAAAAAAUAAAGACAGUGAAAAAAAAUGUCAAUAGUUUUGAAGAGAUUAAGGAAGAAAUGAGAAGGGCUACAGAAGAUGAGUCUUUAGAUGGAUUAUCGCAGGGUCAAGUAUGCUACAGUAUGUUGUACGUGAGUUUUAGAAUUUGGCAGACGUUAAUGGUGGCUGACCUUGACUCUACCAUGCAGAAUAUAGUAAUGGAAGCAACAGUCCGAGUAUUUGAAUUGUCUCGAUUCAGAUACAACAUCAGUAUGGACAUCAAAGAAGUUGAAUGGUGGGAACAGUUGAUGGAUAAAUCUGUAAACUAUAUGAAAGCAUUUACAACUUAUGAUUCAUUCAGACAGAUUGCUAAAAGAUACUGCAGUGCAAUAUUACAGAGCAAAUUGAAUUUCUAUGAUGACUUUCUACCUCUACCUCUGACAGAUCUGUUGAUAACAUAUGGUGAUCUUCCUUAUUGUGAUCAGCUUAAGAUAGCAGUUGAAGUUCUCUGUCACUCACGACAACCAAUCUACCAGUUUCAACAUGCUCAAAAUUUUCUUCAAACAGAUAUGUCAAAUCUUAAAAGGGAUAUAGUCAAGAAAUACAAGAUAUUGCUGUCUCUAGUUUUUAGUGUAAACAAUGAUAUGCCUGAACAGUCAGAAGCAGCCAGACAGGUAUUAUGGCAUUUAGAAUCUGUCCAGGAUGGUGAAUAUGUGGUAUCUGCAUACAAUUGUAUCAAAAUGAAUAUUGAAAAUAUUAAAGAAAAAGAAGAUCAAAGGAUAUUGCUCAUUGUUUUAUUGAGUUGUAUUAAGGAAUGUGUUCUUCACAGUGGGCAAAAUGGAUUGUUCAGUUAUACUACAAGUGUUGCUGAUACUCUAAUGUAUCUUGGUAAUGCUCUUGUAGAGGAGUUUCCUGAAAGGGUGUUGCCAUUGUGGACAGAAUUGUGUAAAUAUUUCAACAAGUAUCAAAUGAAGUCUAUCCUUGGUAUCAUCAUCAAGGCUGUGGAAGUAAAGCCGUCUCUCAUUAAUGAUAUGGCUCCAACACUGCAGAAAUACUUCACGUCUGCUUUUAAACACGAUAGAGAAUGUUGUAGUUUGAUGAGAAUUUUCUUUCCCGAUGAAACUAAGCGUCAUCAGAUGCUGAAGAAAAUAGCAUCUAAUGCAUCAAACUUCACUACAUGUGCUUUGUUGAGACUUGGAAUCACUGAAUAUAAAUUCAUGUCCAAAACAAAUCCAAACUUGAAUAUUUUCAGUAAAUAUGUGAAUAGUUUCCUUUUGGUAGGAUUGAAAUCUCUGAAGGAGAAGAAUGUAAGCUAUGGAUGGUCUUCAUCUGGUUUACAUUUAAACAGUAAAGAACUCAAAUACCUCAAGUGGUACUUUGGUAUGCUAGCAGCAUGUUUAAGUAAGGAGAUCAUUAAAUGUGAUCCAUUUACUAAAUUAAUGACAUUGCUUAAAGAAGUAUUGAAAAAAGAUGUUAAUCUCAUGUUAGAUUUCUACCAAGCCAUGGAAGGUUCCCCACUUGGAUUAAAGGAAACAAAAACACAGUUAGGAAAAGAGCUCGUCAAUAGUUUCCUUGCUAAGUUCAAUCAAGAACUUAGGAACUGUAAUCAUACUCACUACAUAAACGUUUUGGAGGAUAUGAAAAAUGCAUGCAAGGCAUGUGAACAGUAUGUACCAAAUGGCAGGAAAGAGUUUGGAUCAGUAGUAAUAACAUUCAUUAGACAUACUUUCAAAGGCAAGAGGAAGUUGAUUCAGCUUAUGGAUGAAUUUUUCCCAGAUUUUAUUCCUGCAAAAAAGGCUGAUAAAAAAGAGAAAGACAAAAAAUAAAUGUAAGGGGUGCAGAUCUUUGACUGUCGGGCUGAUUUUACCAGAGACAAUGUUUAAAACAAAGUGAUAUUACAAAGAGGACAUGUUUAAUACAAUGUGAUUUAACGAGAGGACAUGUUCAGUUUAUUACAAUCUGAUUUUACAAAAGGAGUCAUGUUUAAUACAAUCUGAUAUUACCAGAGAGGACAUGUUUAAUGCAAUCUUAUAAAUGAGUGAAUGCACAAUUUUACUCAUAUUUUAUGUUGUCAAAUCAAGUUUUAGUACAUGUAGUGCUUGUAAGUAAAAGUAGAAUAUUGUUAAUCAAUGAAUGACAACUUUACUUGUUUUACACAGUUGUUAUAAAUGCUUAUAGAAAAUAGAAUUAUUAAACUAAAGUGUACCUUU